AUGCCGACCUUUGCACAAGUCGUCGCCUUCCUCAUGACGCCCUCGUGGCCCGUCGUCAUCCUCGGCCUCGUCAUCGUCCUCGGCGCCCCCGUGCUACUGCACAUCCUCCUCUCCCGCAGCGUCACCUACAUCGUCCCGCCCUCGGUCCUGCUCCUCGGCCCGCGCAACGCCGGCAAGACCACCCUCCAGACCCUCUACGAGCGCGGCGGCCAGGUGCCCUCGGCGACGCACACCUCCCAGUCGUCGCAGUCGGUCGAGCUCAACGCCUCGACCGACGCGGCGCGGAAGACGACGUACCGCAACCACGACGAGUCGGACGGCACGUACACCAAGUUCCUGCUCGUCGACACGCCCGGCCACGGCAAGCUGCGCAACAGCGCCAUGGGCAAGCUGCGGCGCGCCGAGAAGCUCCGCGCCGUCGUCUUCGUCGUGGACGCCGCGGCGCUCGGCGAGCACGACGUGCUGGCCCCGACGGCGCAGUACCUGCACGACGUGCUGCUGAGCCUGCAGAGGCGGGCGACGGCGACGGGCAAGGAGAAGAGGCAGAGCGUGCCGCUGCUGGUGGCCGCCAACAAGAUGGAUCUGUUCACGGCGCUGCCGGCGGGCAUGGUGCGCGCGAGCCUCGAGGCGGAGAUUUCGCGGAUACGCGCCUCGCGCAGCAAGGGACUGCUGGACUCGGGUGUCGGGGCGGACGACAUUGGCUCCGAGGAGCAGGACGGCUGGCUGGGCGAGUACGGGUCGGACAAGUUUGAGUUUAAGCAGAUGCACGAGUUUGAUAUCGAGGUGGAUGUGCUGCCGGGGAGCGUCAUGGCGGAGGAGCCUGAUGCGGAUAAGUGGUGGUGGUGGAUUGCGCAGAGAGUGUAA